GAUGCAUUCAUAGCUAUGGGGAAGGAGCCCCUCACUUUGAAGGACCUGGAGGUGGUAUUACAAGAACUUUAUCCUGAAAAUCCUUAUGCUGCCACUGCUGCCAUUCAGACGAAUGAGGAGCAGUCCCAAAAACUGAAGAGCAGGCUGUAUGACAAGGCCUCGAAAGUAGACAGUGGCUUUGAUGAGACAGAAAUGACCAAGAACUGCAGCGAUGGCUUGUCUUCCCAGCUGGUAGCUGGACAUGAAGGAAAAAGUCAAGCCAAGACAAAGCAAGAGGAAAAAAUGAGAACCAAAAAAAAGUGGACUAGAGAGAGCUGGGGUGGUGAGCAUGGAGUGAAGCCUUCUAGAAAAACACGAGAAAGUGAAAGGUACCUUAACCAUGAGAGGAGUUCUGAGGAAGGCUUAGAAGAGAGUUCUGAGGAGGUGCUGAGGUGUGAGAAAUGCGAACAGGAAAGGCAAGCCAGAGAAAAGUUACGGAGAGAAAGGCAGGCUGAGGCCUCAUUUGAGAAUAGAGACUUGAACACAGGCGUGUGUCAGAGGUACCACGUAGAAAGAAAUACGAAAGUCAGGAACUGCAGAAAGUCUCCUGAAACCUGUCUGGAGGGUGAGGAAGUUGGCUGGAAAGAUAAUGGCAGUAGGAGGAUGUGGAAGCCGCUACAUAGGAUUGUUAAUGAAGGGCUGGAGAAGCAAAAAAGGAAUAUUGAGAAAGAAAGGGAUGUGGAGAAGCAUGAAAACCAUGGGAAGGAAAUAGUAAAAAUCAGGAAGAAUGCUGUAGAAGGGCUUCAGCUACCUCAUGAAGUGAAGGAAGAUAAUGGAAGUAGCUGUGUAAUGAACCAAAGUGGUUGGCUAAAGAAAGACACUCUGAGGGAUGCUGAGAAAAUGUCUAAAGCACAUAGGGAGGGCAGAGAGGGACAAAGGGCUAAAGAGGAAGCUGCCAGAAGAGAGGGGAAUGGCACAUGUAGAGAGAGUGACAUGACUCGACGAGAAAAAACAGGGGAGCGCAGAGUGAGUAAAGAAGACAACAAAACUCAGGGAUUGGAAAGCAUAAGCCGGAGGCAUGCCAUUAAAAGCAGAACUGAUGUGGAAAAACACUAUGAGAUUGGCAGAACUAUUGGAGAUGGGAACUUUGCAGUGGUGAAGGAAUGUCGCCACUGUGAUUCCAAUCAGAUCUAUGCAAUGAAAAUUGUUGAUAAAUCCAAGCUGAAGGGGAAGGAGGACAUGAUGGAAAGUGAAAUCCUCAUUAUUCGGAGUCUCUCUCAUCCCAAUAUAGUAAGCUUAAUUGAGGUGUAUGAGACAGAAGCUGAGAUUUACUUAAUCUUAGAGUAUGUCCCAGGAGGGGACUUAUUUGAUGCAAUCAUAGAAAGUGUGAAGUUCACAGAGCAUGAUGCUGCUGUCAUGAUCACUGACCUGUGUGAAGCACUGGUUUAUAUUCACAGCAAGAACAUUGUCCACAGGGACCUCAAGCCAGAGAAUCUUUUGGUUCAGCACAAUGCAGAUAAAUCUACUACACUGAAACUGGCAGAUUUUGGCCUUGCUAAGCAGGUUACAAAACCCAUAUUUACUGUCUGUGGAACACCAACAUAUGUUGCUCCUGAAAUACUUGCUGAGAAGGGCUAUGGCCUCGAAGUAGACAUGUGGGCAGCUGGCGUGAUCCUUUACAUCCUGCUCUGUGGUUUUCCCCCUUUCCGCAGUCAGGACCGCGAUCAAGAGGAGCUGUUUCAGAUCAUACAGCUGGGUCACUAUGAGUUCCUAUCCCCUUACUGGGACAAUAUUUCUGCAGCAGCAAAAGACCUCAUCACCAGGCUGUUGAUAGUGGAUCCCCAGAAGCGCUACACAGCACGUCAAGUACUUCAGCACCCCUGGAUCAGAACAGCUGGGAAAACUAACAGCAGGAAUCUGCAGAGGGAAGUGACAAUAAACAUCGAGCGCCAUUUCCGGGCCCAGCGCCGAAAGGAAGUUGUUGAUGAGGACACAUGA